GUACUUGACCAUAGCAGUAAUUUAGUUGAUUCAAGAUGUCGUCUUUCCGGUUUCCUCCUUUACACGUCUUUACGUUCCAAUCGUGAGAUUCGAGAAAGGUGCAAUCAUGCAGCUGCACAUUCGUGGAGAUGAAACUCGCGUUAUCGAGUGCGAAGAUAAUGAAACCGUUGGACAGAUCAAGGCAAGAAUCUUAGCCUUCGCGAAUGUAGAAUCAGGAGAUAUCUACAUUUCCUGUGCUGGAACUGUCUUGACUGACGAUGUUGUCGUUAGCGAUUUCCAGUCAAACACAAUUGACUUUAACAUCCCACUUCUCGGAGGUAAGGUGCACGGAUCUCUUGCUCGUGCCGGUAAAGUAAAGGGACAGACCCCAAAGGUUGAGAAACAAGAGAAGAGCAAGAAGAAGACUGGCCGUGCGAAGAGGCGCAUUCAGUACAACCGUAGAUUCGUGAAUGUCGUUCAAACUUACGGCCGUCGUCGUGGACCUAACGCAAAUCCAAACUCAUAAGCAUUUUCUUAAUUUUUUCUGCUUUUCGAUUUUGUGAUACCAAUAAAGUAAAUUGAUGUAAUUGAUAAUACAGAAUGCGUAUAGCAGA